AUGCUGGUCCACAUCAAAGACAAGAAGUCAAGAACAAUGAAAGAGAGGGGUUACAUCAUGCCCCGGGAUAUAUGUUCCUUACACCGCACGCAACCCUCAGAAGCCACUCUCAUCUUUGUGUUGGAUGGGCCCGACUUCUUGACGCAUCCUCACUUGCGAAGUCAGACAUUACCAAAUCUGACAAAGCGGUCAGUACCGGCAUUAGUAUCAUGCGAUUCCGCUAUUGAGACUGUCUGGGCUAUAAUUUGCUUAUAUCACUGGAAGGAUGUUAAUGACACUAGAGGUUACUCUUUGAUUGGCUUUGCGUUACGACUAGCUGCCUCUGCUCAAUGGAACAAGCCUCAGAAUCACAUCUCUGACGAAGAGGAAUCGCAUCACGUUACCAAGACCGAAGUUGAGGUCAGGCAGCGAAGAGACGAAGCCAGAAUCUGGUUGGCUCUAGAGAACUUAGAUCGAACGGAUGCCAAAGCUUUAGGAGGAUACGAGCUGUCCAAGAUUGCUCAUCCUGCAUAUACUAUGAUGAGGUUAACACGAAAAAGUCGAAAACUGUCCCAUUCUAUAGAGGAGCUUCAAGCUUUCCAAGAAGAACUACAUAUACUCAAUAUGGAAAUGGUUGCAUGGGCAGAAUCCUGGAAGCAGUCUUUUACAGAGAACAGAGCCACUCGAAAUAUUGACGUAUACACAACCUUCGAAGUUUGUUACAGCAGUGCACUCGUCAUUCUGCGGCAAAUCACCCAGAUUGGCAAAACCGGGGCCCUAUAUUACUUCUGGGACGCAGCACAUCUCAUGGUAGCCUAUGUGGCAAUGGUCUUCCCAAAGUUGUUGAAGCUAGCAUUCCAAUUACGAAUGGUCUCAAUGCAUGAAGCGUUGGAAGCACUGCAUAAUGCCACUGCUGCCUAUUCUAAUGCAGCUGGAUUGCUUGGUGUGGCAAAAUCACCCAACACAAGCCCGAGUGAUAGUCUUCUCGAGGCCAUUCUUGCCAAACUCCGAUCAGAGACGGGCUUCAAUAUGGACAAGGAAAGCAGAACAAACAGACAGUUAUCAACAACUGGCAGCACUAGCAUCGAAGAACAACCUGCAGAUAAUGUUACAACCUCAGUAUAUGACAACGACAUACGUCUUGUUCCUGGAGAGUUACACAUGCAGGAUGGUAUAGAGUUGACCACCGAAAUCCGCAAUGAACCUGACUUCAUCUUCGAUUAUGAUUUCAUGAAUUCUAGAUUCAUAGAUGCUGGAUUGCUUUCGUGGGGUGAGCCAGGGCGAUGA